AUGCUUUUAAAACUCGAGAAGAUCGAGGAGGCUUUGUAUGCUGCUGAGGAAGGUCGUGCUCAGGCUUUGGUCGAUGACUUGAAAAUACACUAUGGCUUAACAGGACCACCUGUACAAGAAUCAAAGGAAACAAUUUCUGACCUGUUAAAAGAGUGUGCUACACAAAUGGUGUUUAUAGGACUCGAACGGAACAAGAUCAACUUUUGGGUCCUCGGCAAGGGAGUUUCAGUAGAGCUCAGAACAAAAGAAAUAGAGGGUGGACGUGAGGGCACAGACUUUGUAACCGAGUUGGUGGAAACUACUUUGAAUAACAUCGGAGCUGGCAUUGGUGUGAGAUGCGAGAAUCUCUCACUAGAUGCGCUAGAUGAUGAUUCCUCCCCUUAUAGAAACGGCGAUAAACCGCAAGCGGAGUCGUUAGACUGUACUGAAGGAUCUCUACAGCCGUUAUAGGACGCUAUAAUAGAUCCCAUUGCAGAUUUAUGUCACGGUAAUGAAUUGAUCAUUGUCCCAGAAGGUCCGCUGGGCCUUGCUCCAUUGCCUGCACUUAGUGAGUCUAUAAGAAUUCGCACCAUUCCCUCGCUGACAAGUUUAAAACUGAUAAUAACAUCCCUCGAUGACUGCCAUAGUAAAUCUGGGGCGUUGCUGGUUGGAAAUCCCUGUUUGGAUAUGGUUACUAAAUGUGGUAAACCCGUGUUUAAAAAGCUCGAGAACGCUGAAAAGGAAGUAAAGAAGAUUGGAGGGAUUUUAAAAGUCCAGCCUCUAACAGGAAAAGAAGCAACCAAACAGACGGUGCUGGAUCGAAUCACCUCUGUUGCACUGGUGCACAUAGCUGCUCACGGUAAAAAAGAAACAGGCGAAAUUGCUCUGGCUCCGAAUGCAGGAUGGGAAGAAGGUCAAGAACCAAGAUCAAAGAAGAAGGCUCCCAAAGAAGAAGAUUAUAUUUUAAAUGAGUCAGAUGUCUAA